AUGAUGUCGAGAUCGUACACGAAUUUACUGGACCUGGCCAAGGGGAAUUUUCAGAACAUCAAUCCUGAGAGGAAGGGAUUGUCGAGGGUUAUGAGCGUUCCUGGCAAGUUCUCGGACAUGGAAGACGACGAUGAGCCCGCUUCCUCUGAUAAUCCCUCCACAUUGUCUGUGGACAGGAUGAUCAUCGUCUCGAACCAGCUCCCCGUGAAGGCUGUCAGGAAUCCUGAUGACCAAGGCUGGAGUUUCGCCUGGAACGAGGAUUCCCUGGUUCUGCAGCUCAAGGAUGGUUUCUCUGAAGACAUGGAGGUUUUCUAUGUCGGUUCUUUGAAUGUCGAAGUCGAUUCCAAGGACCAGGAUGAAGUAUCUCAGGUUCUGCUAGACAGGUUCAAGUGUGUGCCGACAUUCCUCCCGCGCGACAUUUACACCAAGUUCUAUGAUGGGUUCUGCAAGAAGCAGCUCUGGCCACUCUUCCAUUACAUGCUGCCUCCUGUUGAGGAAGGCAGCAGAUUCGACAGGUCCUUGUGGGAGGCUUACGUAGCAGCAAACAGGCUGUUCUCACAGAAAGUGGUUGAGAUUCUCAACCCAGAAGAUGAUUUCAUCUGGAUUCACGAUUACCAUCUGAUGGUGCUGCCAACUUACUUGAGGAGGCGGUUUAACAGAAUCCGGAUGGGUUUUUUCCUUCACAGCCCGUUCCCUUCGUCUGAGAUCUACAGGACCCUUCCUGUGAGGGAAGAGAUACUCAAGGCAUUGCUCAAUACUGAUCUCAUUGGGUUCCAUACUUUUGAUUAUGCUCGACAUUUUCUUUCCUGUUGCUGUCGGAUGCUGGGUCUCGAGUAUCAGUCCAAGAGGGGAUACCUUGCACUGGAAUAUUAUGGAAGGACCAUUGGUAUCAAGAUUAUGCCAGUUGGGGUUCAUAUGGGUCGAAUUCUUUCGGUAAUGAAACAAACUGAUAAGGAGUCUUGGAUUUCUGAGCUGAAGAAGCGGUACCAAGGUAAAACUGUGUUGCUUGGUGUGGAUGAUAUGGAUGUCUUCAAAGGGAUCAAUCUGAAACUGUUGGCUAUGGAGCAGAUGCUCAGGCAGCACCCUAUCUGGCAGGGAAAGGCUGUGUUGGUUCAAAUAGUAAACCCUGCAAGAGGCAACGGGAUUGAUAUGGAGGAUAUAAGAACUGAAAUACAAGAUAGCUGCAAGAGGAUCAAUGGCCUAUUUCGAAUGCCUGGUUAUGAACCAAUAGUGAUUGUUGAUACUCCAAUCUCAGUGGGCGAGCGAGUUGCUUACCACAGCAUUGCUGAAUGUGUCGUUGUUACAGCAGUGAGAGAUGGCAUGAAUCUCACACCGUAUGAGUACAUAGUCUGUAGACAAGGCAGUGAUACAUGUACUAACUUCCAUGGGUUGAAGAAGAGCAUGUUAGUGAUAUCAGAGUUCAUCGGUUGUUCUCCAUCGUUGAGCGGUGCAAUUCGUAUCAACCCUUGGAACGUCGAGGCAACAGGCGAGGCAAUGAACCAAGCAAUUUCAACUUCCGACUCCGAACAACAGUUGCGACAUGAAAAGCAUUAUCGGUACAUCAGCACUCAUGAUGUUGCUUAUUGGUCGAGGAGUUUCUUGCAUGACCUGAAGAGAAAUUGUGCUGAUCAUAACAGAAAAAUGUGCUGGGGGAUAGGAUUUGGGUUUGGUUUCAGAGUGAUGGCUCUUGAUCCCAAUUUCAGAAAGCUGUCUGGAGCUGUUAUUGUUUCGGCAUACAAGAUGGCAAAGAGUAGAGCAAUACUGUUGGACUAUGAUGGUACUGUGAUGCAUCAAAACGCCAUCAACAAAUCGCCGACUCAGGAAGUGAUCUCCAUCCUCAACAGACUCUGCGAUGACCCAAACAACACAGUUUUCAUUGUCAGCGGCCGAGGGAGGGACAGCUUGGCUGAGUGGUUUUCUCCUUGUAAGAAGCUUGGUAUUGCUGCCGAACACGGCUACUUCCUGAGGUCUUCUUCUUCCCUUACCAGUAGCUUUUUGUGGACGCAAGAUGGAGGAUGGCAAACCUGCGUACAGAGCAGUGAAUUCGGGUGGAUGCAGAUUGCUAGGCCUGUGAUGAAGUUGUAUACAGAAGCUACAGAUGGGUCUUCCAUUGAGACCAAGGAAAGUGCUCUGGUCUGGCAAUACCGGGAUUCAGACCCUCGAUUUGGAUCAGCUCAGGCGAAGGAGCUGCUCGACCAUCUGGAGAGUGUCUUGGCAAAUGAACCUGUCGCUGUAAAGAGUGGUCAGUUCAUUGUAGAAGUGAAGCCUCAGGAAGUCAGCAAGGGGAUAGUUGCAGAUAAAAUUUUCACGGCUCUUUCGGGAAAGGGGAAAAAGGCUGACUUCGUUCUGUGCAUUGGAGACGAUAGAUCAGAUGAAGACAUGUUUGAAGCAAUUGGGAAUGCACUGGCAGGGAAAGUUCUCGCCUCAAAUGCCUCAGUUUUUGCUUGCACGGUUGAACAGAAACCCAGCAAAGCCAAAUACUAUCUGGAUGACAUAGCUGAAGUUGUUAGCACCCUUGAAUCUCUUGCUGAUGUCUCCACUACUCUCCAGUAGACACACCCACCCACCCUUUUCCUCUCAUCCCGAGAACCACACUGGGACUUCAUAGCAAAGCUUUGUGGGACGGAAUUUUUACUCUUUCUGAGUUUUGUCAGGUUACUUCUGAACUAGAAUGAAUUAGCAUUUGAAGAUAGUAGAUAGAGAGAGAGAGGGAGAGAGAUCUCUUGGCAUUGUUACCCCCUUUUUCUGUUUUCCUUUCUUACGUUCAUUUAGCAGUUUGUGUCGAUUCUUCUUUUCCCAGAAGAGAUUUUCAGAAAGAAUUACGUGUAUAGUUGGACAAUUCAUAACCUUAAGAUGAUAUUUAUUUUUAUCCCCUUUUCUGAAGUGU